GCCCUUUGCUAUAAGAAUACUUCAUGAAAAAUCUUAUUUCCUGUGAAUAUAGUUUUCUUCAAAAUUGAGAUCUAACAAACACAAUACUAUAUGUUGUUUCUACCUAUAUGACUAUUGUUUUCUCACUAAGUGAAUUCCAAAAUUCACUAUCAUAAGCUUCUCCCCAGAAUUCUAGCCUUUUGGCUUACAAAUUUAAAGACCUUAUUCCUGAUGCAGACCCAUCUCUAUUUUUAAAAAAAAUGAGGUGUUUUAUGACACUAACAUGGUUUUGAUACCUACACCAUGGAGAACAAAAACAAAAAAGAAAAUUAUUGACCAAUUUCCUUAUGAAUAGUCACAAAAUUUUUUUAAAACAAAAUUAGAUGUUUUUAUGUGAUGCCCUAAAUAAAUGUCUAAGUCAUUUCCCCCAUUUUCUUUCUCUUCUCCGCCCUUUCAAUUCUUUUAGGAUUUGGACACAGCCAUUCAAAUUCUUGAUCUCUAUCUGUUUUGAAAGAUUUAAGUUGGACUUCAACUGUUGGAACUUAGCUGUAACCUAAGAAUUGUGGCAAAGACUUUGUGGAUCUCCAAUUAAGAAAAAAUGAGUGUCUCAGCAAGUAAUCCUCAUGGAGGCCUUUUUUCUCCUCUUCGUCUUCUGAGAAAACAUGUAAUCACCCUUGGUGCAUCUGCACAAACUUCAUGAAGAAUACACUGAAGUACUAGUUGAUUUAGUAAAUUCUCUCAUCAAUGUGAUUUAAAAAACAUCCUUCAGAGUUAUAGAGAUUAAUUCAUCUUGAGCCUAUCCAGUCACUUGCUUCAGGGAUUUCUGCAGAAAUACCAUGUCUAAGAACACAGAGAUUAUCAAUCUUUCAUUUUUAUUGGAACAUGAGAAGGAAAUGAUCCUGGGAGUCUUAAAGAGAGAUGAAUACUUGAAGAAAGUUGAAGAUAAGAGAAUAAGGAAAUUGAAAAAUGAGCUUUUAGAAGCAAAACGGAAAGGUGGAAAAAAGCAGCAAGAUGGCAGCAGGAUUUGUGUUCGAUGUCAGAAAAAUUUGGGCUUGAUUUUUGACCGGGGAAACGUAUGUGAAGCAUGCAUGCUCCGAGUUUGCAGUGAAUGUCGGAUUGUGGGCAUUGAUGGCAAUUGGAAAUGCACAGUCUGUGCCAAGAUUGCGCAGCUAAGGAUUGUAACAGGUGAAUGGUUUUUUGAAGAAAGGGCAAAGCGCUUCAAACAAGGCACCAUUCUGGGAACAGAUGUGGUCAGACAGUCUAUUCUAAGAAGGAGUCCAGCUGAAGGACGACAAAAUCAAGAACAAGCUCUCCAGGAUGCUCAGAAGUCAGAUGCUUCAGCUUUUUCAGGGCAGAAAUCCGCACUGGAUGGAUCCAAGAAGAAGGGAUUUCUACUUAGCAAGUUCAGAUCAGCAACCCGAGGAGAAAUAAUAACUCUGAAAACUGAGAGUGGAAGAAGCUACAGCUUGGACCUGAACUCCUCUCAUUUUCAUAAUCCAAGGUCAUCGUCUGGUUCUGAAAGAGGAAAUGUCUCACCAGACAUCAAUGAACAGGAGAUUAAUCCUGUGAGCCUGAAAGGUAACCAGGGCAAUGGCACCAUUCCCCGGACACAGAGGUCACCAGCCCUAAGUAGCCGCAGCAUAAGUUCAACUAGCAGCAGAGAUCAUGGUUUAGAAAAUGCCAUGAUCGUGACUGCCAGUGAAAGUGUCUCUGAAAAUUUAACAAAAAGACAUCAGAGGAGGGCUUCAGGAACUCCUUCUAUAGCUGUCUCUAGGGUCUCUCUCUCUUCAGACAGGAGUCGGUCUGAAUUAGAUUUGAGUGGGUCAUUUUCAGAAGACAUAGAAGAUACUGUCAGCAUAAGAAGUAAAUCUGUGCCUGGCGCUUUAGACAAGGACUUGGACUUCUUGGAUGAAACAGAGGAAGAUAUUGAUGAUUUGUUGACCUCGCGAUUAUCUCCAAAUGUCAACAGCUUAGCAAGUGGAUUAUCAAGUAAUUCUCAAACAGACUCUGAUAAGAAAUGGACCUACUUAAAUGUUCCUGAUGUGGAUUCUGAUACUACCAGCCUUAACAGCAUGAUGAGUGUUUAUAGUGAAACGGGGGACUAUGGCAACGUGAAGGUCAGCGGCGAAAUCCUUCUGAACAUCAGCUACUGCUACAAAACCGGCGGGCUCCACAUUUUUGUAAAGAAUUGCAGAAAUCUAGCCAUAGCAGAUGAAAAGAAACAGAGAACAGAUGCCUAUGUUAAGUCAUAUCUUCUUCCUGACAAAUCUCGAAACAAUAAGCGCAAGACCAAAAUAAAAACAGGCACCAAUCCAGAAUUUAAUGAAAUUCUAAAGUAUACCAUUAGUCAUACUCAGCUAGAAACAAGAACCCUUCAGCUUUCUGUCUGGCAUUAUGACCGAUUUGGAAGGAACAGCUUCCUUGGAGAGGUAGAAAUUCCUUUUGAUUCAUGGAACUUUGAAAAUCCAAGUGAUGAGUGGUUUGUGCUCCAACCCAAGGUGGAGUUUGCUCCAGAUAUUGGUCUUCAAUACAAAGGAGAGCUGACUGUGGUCUUACGCUAUAUUCCCCCUGAGAGUAACCUAAUGCUCCCCCUUGAACAGCUUCAAGGAAAAAGGAGCUUUAAAAAGGGAAAGAAGAAAGAGGUUUCUUUGCCCUCUGGGGGACUAUUAGAAGUACUGAUCAAAGAAGCCAAAAAUUUGACAGCAGUGAAGUCAGGAGGCACUUCAGACACUUUUGUAAAAGGGUACCUACUUCCUGAUAUCACUAAAGCCACCAAGCACAAAACCCCUGUAAUCAAAAAGAACGUUAAUCCCCAGUGGAAUCAUACUUUUCUAUUCAGUGGCCUGAAUCCCCAAGAUAUAAAGAAUGUUUGCCUAGAAUUGACAGUCUGGGACAAAGAGGCUCUCACCAGUAACAUAUUUCUUGGCGGUGUUCGACUAAACUCUGGCAGUGGUAUGAGUCAUGGGAAGGAGGUGGAUUGGAUGGAUUCUCAGGGUGAAGAACAGCACCUGUGGCAGAAGAUGGCAAACAGUCCCGGUGAUUCUGUAGAAGGGGUACUGAUGCUGAGAUCCAGCAUGGGAAAACGUAGACUCUAAGAGGAAAUUGGGUCUGCCCAAGGUUGAGUUUUCAGCUGCCAGCCUGGCAUCUCUGCUUUCUUAGUCUCCUGAAAAUACCACGCCUGAUUCCAGCCAUUUCAUUUCACACUGACAUUUUGCACUUAUGGAUAUUGGGAGAGACAAGGAAAGACUUCCAUGUCCUAAAUGUUUGGAUGUUUUUGUUGUAUGACUUACACAGCCCAUGUAUCUAAAUGUGCCUGAGCCAUCAUUGUUUUCAUUUACUGUUCAGACAAGUACCUUCUUUUCAUCCUAUAUUAUUAAAGAACAAUUCAUCCUUGGAUUUCAUACAUUGAGAAGUUCAAGAGAAAUAGUAUAAGUUCACAUGAAAUUAGGAUAUAGGUAUCAGGUUCCCCAUCCUUUCCGGAUUUGGUUUCUUCCAAAUCUUAGGAUAACCUAGGGUGGAAAGGCAAAGGCCACUGAGUUUAAUAGGCAUGAUUUUUAUAGAAGAAACUAUUGACCACCUUCCCUUCUCUACUUGGAGUCCCCAUGAAGUGAAAGAAGGGCUGGCAAUUCUUAAAAGGCUUAAGCUGGGAGGUUGUGAUGACCUAUUAGUGACUCCUGGCAUAAAUAUAUUUGUCAUCUAUACUAACUUCAAAGAAGGCUAACAUUCUACCCUAUCUAGAGGGUUUAUUUACAUUCACUUUCUGGCAGUGACUUCCUUAUUAAAUGAAGAAUUUUCAGUACCUGCUUUACAGAAAAAUCCCAGGUAUUUACCAUAAUCCUGUCCACCUCUUUCAGGAUUCUAGAAAAUGUGAAUGUUCCCCAAAAGACAGAUCCUAUGAGGGUAAUAUAGAUUGAACAGGUAUCAGAGAUAAAUGUGUUAUGGAGUUUUAGAGCAUGCAGUGACUUCUAUGACCUUCUAGUGCAUUUUACAGAUGAAUAAUUCAGAGAGAUGAAACACAGUGAGGCAGAGGCAAAAGAGGGACCAGAAUCCAAGGAUCCUGGGACAGAGAACAGUUCAGAGCUUUCCCCCCUAUACCAAAUAGAAUGACAGCACAAUUCCCAGGAGGUACAGAAGGGUAGGACACCAAGGAGAUAGGCGGGUGAGUUUGGUUGUUUGAAUUCUGAACAGACAUGAAUAUUGAUAUAUUCAGGAAUCUUCACCUGCCUCCUCUUUUCACCUUGGCAUUCAACAUUAUCUAAGCUUAUUUAAGGGCACAUUUCAUUUUGUCUUCACUUUCCAGCAUCUACACAUUGUGCCUGAUACAUAGUAGAUGAUAAAUAAAUACAUGUUGAUUGUGUGAUUAAUUUGUUCAAGUUGGGGAGGGAGGAUGGAUAGGGAAGGAAAUAAGCAUUUGUUACAUGCUGACAGUGUGCCAGGCAUUGUGCUAAGCAUUUUAUAAACAUUGUUUCAUUUAAGCAUCACACCGAUCCCAGGAAAUAUUAUAUCUUUCCCAGAUACAAUGUUAGCAAAAGCAAUGUUUAUAUAAAGAAAAAGAACUGAAUUAAACAUCAGGAAAGCAGGAUUUAGAUGCACUUCUGUCCAGCUGCAAGACAUUCUUUUCCUUCAGUUUGCUUAGCUACAUAAUGGAGAGAAUAAUACCUACCCUUCCUUUGUUGGAUUUUGAGGAUUAUUAAGGUGCUUUAAAAAACAGAGGCCACUCUGUGCAUCUAAGGUUGUGUUAUUAGUAAAUACAUAGUUUGAAAAAGGCUAGACUGAUUAUCAGACCCACUCCAGAAAAUUAUUUAAUUUUCAUGUUCCUGACUUAGUCUUGAGAAUUUAAGAAAGGACUUAGAGUAUUUAUAAUACUAAGGUCUUGAACAGCACCAUCAAAGGACAUAUCUCUUGCUUCUGGAAGACAGAAGCCAGACUAUCCAACCUAAUUUUAUUUAUUGGGUUUUCUAGUUAGCUCACAUCCCUACUUCUUCAUUAAAACAAAACAUUACAAAGGAAAGUGAUGAAGAUGAGUUGCCUGCAGAUCUGAUUAAAGUUAUAUAGUUUUUACUUGAAUUUUUAGAAUAAUAUAAAGAAAUAAUGUAAAGAAAGAAUAAUGUAAAAAAUAGUUGGUAGACUUUAUGUAAAUAGAAAUUAUCUCAUUCUAUAGAGAUAAGAGACAGCUGGGUGGCUCAGUGAAUAGAGAACCAGGCCUAGAUCAGGAGGACCUAAUCUGAAUUCAAAUCUGGCCUCAGAUACAUACUAGUGGUGUGACCUUAGGUAAGUUAUUUCACAUCUGCCUUAAUCCACUAGAAAAGGAAUUGACAAAGCACUCCAGCAUCUUUGCCAAGAAAACUCCAUGGACAUAGGGUCAUGAAGAGUUAGACAUGACUGAACAACAACAUAGAGUUAGAAAGGUGAUCAUUGUGAGAUGCAUGUGUUAAUAUUACUUUCUCCACUUCAAAUGAGCAAGGGACUUUAAAACUUAAACUAAGCCCAUAAGAAAACUUUGUCAGUAAUCAGCCAUAGAUAUAACUGGAGAUGUUUCUGUAUUUUGACAUUUAUAAAAUCUCAUCCACUAGAUUUCUCUGUGACAUGAAAAUCAGACAUUUUUAAAUUAAUGGUAUAUUAAUGCCUACUCAGGCAGUACAAGGCACUAUGAAUACAACCAAAAGUGAGUCUCCAGGGACUUGGGAGAGACAAAGGAGGACCAGAAUCACAUCGUGUCAGAGAAGAGAAGGGCUUUAGUCAUCUAAUUGAAUUCCCUCAUUUUACAGAUGAAGAUAGUGGAAUCAUGAGAGAUUAAGUAAUUUGUCUUAACAAUGCAAGAUUCAAAUACGGAUAUUCUGCUACUUCAGAGACUCAAGGUGCCUUCCAUUGGGCUCUAUUUUUUGGAAGCAAUUGACAGAUUGAUCUUCAGAUUUAUGGUACUUUACAUGAUUCCCAAAUAUUUUAAAGGCAAUGGUGGAGAAAACAGACAAAUAUAAAGAAGAGAAAUAACCUUUAUUCAUGGGAUAUUAGAUUAGAUAUGAAAGGCAAUGUAACACAGUGGAAAGAGAGCCAGUCUGGGAAUAAGGAAGAGUUGAGAUCAAGGCCUGCUUGUGACAGUUACUGGCUCUGUGACCCUGGGUAUAUCAUGUAAGCUGUCAGUGAUACAAUUUUUUAAAAUUUUAUUUAUUUUUGUUUUUUGGUGAGGCAAUUGAGUAUAAGUGGGUCACACAAAAGUGUCUGAGGCUAGAUUUGAACUCAGAUCCUCCGGACUUCAGGUACUCUAUUCACUGAGCCAUCUAGUUGUCCCUGAUAUAGGCAGUUUUUUUUUUUUUUUAAGACCACAGGCCAUAAACCAGAGGCUGAUCUGAAUUUCUUAACAGAAAUUCCUAAAUCAUUAAAAUCAUGGGUCCAGAUAACCCCAUCCCAACCCCUAGACUAGAUUUUGAACCUAAAUCUUUCAUCUAUCUUUACUCUUUGGCCAGGCUUUCUGGAAGACAGACCAUAACAUAAUGUUGAAAGAUACCCCAGAAGCUAUUUAGUUCAAAUCUCUAGUUUAACAGAUGAAGAAACUAAAGUGACAUGUCCAUGAUGAUAUAGGUAGUUAACAUUAGAGGGAACAUUUCAAUCCAGGUCUUCUCCUUCCCCAUGUACUAUGCUACCAGGCUAUACUCUCUGUAAGUUGCUGUAAGAUCAAAUGACAUCUGACAUUUUCAUGGUAACAUCUAAACAAGCUUCAUAAUAUAGGUCAUCAGACUCUUAGAAGUUGAAUUAUAGCAGAGAUACCUUGAAGCUAGUUUUGAAAUUGUGUACUAAUUUUUUUCUCCCCUUUCAUAUUGAAUCAAUCAAACAGUGAGCAAGCAUUUGUGAAUCAGACAUAAAUAGUGAGGAGCAGUCAGGUUAAAAGGGAUAUUGUCAGACUUAAAAAAUAUUUUUUUUCAAAUAAUCUUUCUGAUAACUUAGAAGCACUUUAUUAUACUUGUAAGCCUUUCCUUUAAAAGAAGGCAGUAUUUCACAACUUAUGCUAAUCCUGUUAUUUAAAUCAUCCCUUUGAGUUUCAUGUUCUCAUAAACAUUAAAAACACAUUUUUAAAAAAAAUCAAAUUUGAUUCCUUCAAACUUUUUUUCCAUUAAAAAAAAAAAAACUCAACAUAUGAAAUGUGUGAUUCACCAAUUCUUAAUUGCUGUUUGACUAGAUAAAUAAAUCUAAAGUCUGAUUCAUUUAUAGUAAUGUUAGAUUUUGGCCAAAACAUCUAGGUCAAAACAUUCUGGGUACAGUUUUGGUUUUGGUGGUAAAAGGGAAGACCAUAAAACAAAUAAAAGUGGUCUUCAGGUUUAAGUGCAACAUGCUCCUGGAGCCUGCAUGUGAAAACACAUUAUCUUAAACAAAUGUACAUUUUGUCAAUAAACAGACUUAUGAACAUGAAUCUUUGAAAAGUGGAUACUGUGUGUAUAUCUAUGUAUAGGCUACAUGUGAAUGCUAUGUGAAGGAAAGGUAGCCAUGCAUGAGAAAACCCUGACUUUUGAACAGGUUAAACUUUGUGGGUAUGAAGAAGUAAUCACAAUUGAGCAUUUGUUAAACUACAAAUUUUAAUCUUAGUCCUCACUGAAAUUUAUUAUUGUGUUUGAUCUAGUCAUGAUUCAUUUUAGUGAAAAUGUUUCACUUAAUGAAAGGACAAAUAUGACAUACAUACCUGAAAAAAUCUAGUUAUACAAAUUAUUUUUUCUAAAUAUCAUUUUGAUUCUAUAGCUUUAAGAAAGCCAUGAUCCCUCUAUCUGUCUCAGUCCUCUAUUUUUACUUGAUGGACAUUUACUUCCCCAAGAACAUAAAAGUUGUUUUAUGUUUUAAGGAAGAAUACUGUUUGGAUGAAUAACUUGUCUUAAAGGAAUAAACAUAGAAAAGUCUAGCUGGAAAUCCAUAAACACAAAAAGUUAAGAAGUCACAAUGACUGGGUUCCAGUAACAUAGAAUAGAGAGAGAUUUUGAGAAAACUUAACAACUCAAUAGCUAUCUCUCAAAUAACUAUAGAAAUGAUACAUAUGUACAUAUAUAGAAAGAGGGAAAGAAAAUUUAAAAAUAAAUAGGGAAAGUAACAAAGAAGUAAACCAAAGAAAUAGAAAUAUUGUGCAACAAAAAAAGACAAAAGCAAAGAUUCGAGGUGGAAAAUAGAAUUUAUUAAUAUCAAUAAUGGCCUAUAAAAAGCUAAAAUUAUUUAAAUAAUUUAAUAUAAUUAAUAGGAACACUUAAAGAAAAAUAAAAUUACAAAUAAAAUUUUCUUGAAAUAUAUUAAUUGAUAUAAAUUAAACAAUGAAUUAAAUAAUAUAAUUAAUUUUAUUCCAGGAUUGACUGGUCAAAGACAAACAAAAAAGCUCAAAAACUAACCAAUUAGAAAAAUCCUUAAAAGCUCCAUAAUAAGCAAGAUGAUAAAUCUCGAUGACAAGUUUGAAGAAAAAAGUAGUAGAACGAGUAGAAUCACAACAAAAAUUUCCACUGACCCACUAUAUUUUAGAAAAUAACAUAUAUCUACAGAUUGACUCUAAUUAAAGGAUAGAAUGCAGAAUGACUCAAUUCAAAGAACACUAUCAAUGCAGAACCUGACAACUUACACAAAAAUUUUAUCAAACUCUGAGACUCCAACAACAAAAAGAUGAUUUUUACAGAGAAUGGAGAAGAAAAAAAUCACAUGACAAAAAUCAACAAUUUGAAUUGCAAUAGGAGUUUUCACCAAAGAUAAGAAAUAACAUAAAUUGCUGGAAGGUAGGGUUAUUUUCCCCCAAAAUCAAGAAAAACAUCUAUUUCACUUCACUUCAAAACAUCUAUUUAGGAAAAGUAAACAUAAAUUUUGACAAAAUAUAUAAUCAUUUCAGUGCCAGUAAAAAAUUUUUUUCAAGUACCAAUUGUUUGUUAAGUACCAGUAAAAAAGAACUCAAGGAAUUCAUGGAGGAGUGAUUUUAACAUAGUAUAUGCCAAAAUGCAAACCCAGCAAUAUGACAGAAUAUAAAACCCAAAGAGAAUUUUACAAUGAAAAGUUAUUAGUUCCUAAUUUGAUUCAUGUGAGGGUAAUAAUAAAAUUUUUGUUUUAAUUUGAUAUCUAUCUCAAUGUAAUCAUCAUAUAGUUAUAGCAUAGAAUGUAUUUAUCUUUUUAUCAUCAACAACAGAUGUAUGUUUGUCAUGUGCAUUUUACAAAGUGAGAUGACUGUGGACCAUAAAUAUCAAAUAAAAAAUAUUUAAGAAACUGUAAAGUGACAAAAUUAGAACAUCAGAAAUAUAACUAGAAAUUUAUAAAUAAUAAAAAAUAUAAUAAUCUGGUCAGAAGGCUACAAAAAAUUAUAGAAAGAUGUAAAUCUUGUUCUAAAGUUAGAAACAUUACUAAAAAACUAGAAACCUAUUUAGAAAGCUAAAAAUAUAUUGAGGAACAGUUUCAAACAUGGCUUGAAAGGUCCAGUUCAAGUUAAAAGUUAAAAAACAAAAGAUAGAAACUUAUAAAACCCUGAAGCAAGAAGACAACUAAUACCAUGACAAAACAUAACAUAGUGUAACAUACCUGGAGAUCUUUUUACAAAAGUUGUAAGUGAAGACUGUUUGGUUUCUAUUAAUACAGGUAAAUAAUCUUAAAAUAUAACCAUUUAGGAAGAAGUGAUGCUAGUAGGUUGACAAUCUAGCCUCUGCAAAAGAUGUUUGACUGUUCUGGCGGAAUCCAUUGCUUAGAAAUAUAUCCUAAUGUUGCUAUUUGAAAGACUAUUUCAGUAUUUCAAUGGAUUCUGUCUAUGAACAUUCUGAUUUGUCCUCACCCCCAAUGAUGCCUAUCAUCACCCAUAUACUUUUUCAUUCUUUGUAGCUCUUGCCCAUUUCCUUCUGUAAAUCCUUGACAAGGGAAAUCUCAACUUAAAAUGCUAAAACUGCUAGAUCUUUUGACAUUUUGUGUAUAUCAGUGAAGGCAUACAAAAUAGUCAUUAGUUAUCCUUCAUUCUUUCCACCUUACAAAUCCAUUUUCCUAAUGAUGAUGUUCUUGAUUCUGGUCCUCACAUGCAAUCCUUCACUGGUAAUAUGUUAUAGCCUAUUACACCCACCAUAUAAUUUUGUAUUGCCUUUUGGGUGACCCCAUAACUUUAAUUCUUCUAAGAGUGUAGUAGUCCAUGACUCAACAGAACCAAGAGAGUAUCAGUACAUGCAUCUAGGUCAUAUCUGUUGAAAGUAUGAGGGAAAAAAAGCAAGCUUUUAUAAAUGAUAUUAAUUAAUAGCCCACAUGUCAUUUGAUUUGAUGUACUGAUUUUAAAUGAAUCACAUAACAGGAAAAUUUAUGUUCAUCAAAGUAAUAUACUAGAUCUUUAAAUUUUUUAACUUUUAAACUUUUUAGAAUUUACUAAACUUUCUUAGGACAUUUGUUUCUACACUCAAAGGAAAAAGAAAAAUAUAUUUUAAAUAAUAUGUAUUAUUAGUAAGUGAAAGAAUUGAAUGAGCUAAAAACAUUUUUCUUCUAUUCAUUACUUAAAUAUGAGAGAUUCACUGAUACUUUUCUUAAUAUUCAGACAGAACUUGACAGCAAGUAUUAUAAUAAUUUAAAUUUGAUCAAUCAAAAUCUAAAUUUUAAUUAAAAUUUUAAUAAUUAAAAGUGAAAUAGCAGAUAAUUUGCUACUAAAUAAAUGCCUCUUAAGAAGGGAAGAGAAACUAAUAUCUGGUUGAAAUUUCAUGUUCUGCUUUUAUUCAGUUUAAAAAACUAAACUAUUCUUUAAGUUCAUCUUUCUGGAGUUUUCUGUUUUUAAUUCAAAAAAAUUUAGUGAUGCUUCAGUUUUUUUCCAAUACACCUCACUUUCCAAUGCAUACUAGAAGAAAGGGGGAGGAAAAGGGAUAAGAAGAGAAGAAGAAAAAGAGAUACUGACUAUGUAUUUAUUUAUUAGUAUAAAAACUAUAUUUCCAAAAGAAUUUCACAGAUGAGAAAACAGACCUCAGAGAAGUUAAAUAAAUUGUCAAUAUCACCUAAAUAGUAAAUAUGGAUACUGAGACCCCUGCCCAAGACCUCAGACUCCAUUCUUCCCUCAGGUCAUUGUGUUUUUUUAUAGAUAAGCUUUUUCAGGGGUAUAAUCUAUUGAGAAUGAUAUGUCUUUUUAAAUUAACACCACUUUGGAAAAUGAAUAAAUUUAUCUUUUCAUUAAGUAAAGUAGAGGCAUUGCUGUGAAUACUAGAAGAUAGAAAAAGGGGAAAAUUUUACAGCACUCCACAAUUCUUUCUCAAUUAAAACUCUUACUCUAACCUCUUCUUGAGUCACACAUCUGCAGAUUUCUUUGAUUUCAAGGCUUCAUUGAAAUAAUAACUAAUUUUAAAGGGGCUUUAAUGCCUUUUAGUAGAAACUAGGAUGCAAAGUUGGAAAAAAAAUUAAAGUUCACUCUAAGGAAACAGGUGAGAAAAGUGGUAUGACUGACAUGUGAAUAGUCCAGUUCUUUUCCCAAAUCCUCUAGUCUCCAGUGUUUAAUAGAAAGCCUGGCAUAUAGUAGGUACUUAAUCAUUUUUUUAUUGACUGACUGACUUUUUCCCUAACCCUGAUUUUUGAACCAACUAAAAACCUUUUCAUAUCAUGCUCCUCUAAGAGAUGUUCCAAGGAUAAAAAAUUUUCCCAGAGAAUCUAGAAAUUUGUCCUAUGAAAUGCUUUUGUACUACUUACAAAAGUGUAAGGGUUAAAAAUUUUGUUUAUUUUAAGCAGUCUUUUUCCAAUCCUUGGAUCCAACCCAUUAAGUCCUGUUGCCUAUAAUGCUGUCUAGUAAGUCUCAGGGCUUCCUGUUUCUCUGAACAGCAGUAGUGGGAAGGUCCUUGACUCAUGUGGACCACUGGUCCCCUCUUUCCUGUGUCUGAGCUUAAGUGGAAAAGCCUGAUGCUCAGAAGUUGAAGAGUUGAUGGAGCCUACUAUAGUAAAAUGAGGGCACAUAACUUGGAGACAAGAUUAUCAAUUUGUUGAAAACAUAAUGGGCUUACUUAGAAACCCUAGAGCAAAGGCAUCAUACUCAGGCAUGAGAAAUUCCUAGAGUGCUGCCAACCAAAAUAAAAUUCAACUGGGAAAUGUUUAACAAAAUUAAUAAAAUAUAAUACAAUAGAUAAAUAAUGUUAAUUUUGUAAUUUUUCUAAGUCAAUAUGCUGUCUGGAUAUUUCUACUAAGUCUGACACCAUUGCCCUAGAAAAUCCACAAAGAAACAUUGACAUGUUUCAAUAAAAUAAAGAAUAAAAAAUAAAUUCACAAAAAUUUUAAGAUAACAAGAAAAUCCAGAAUGAAAGGAAAAUAUUCACAAAUUACAAAAUGUAUGAAAUAUUUAUCAAAAGACACUCAAUAUAUAAAAACAUAUAUAAAAACCACUUUAAGACACUGAUCUUGACUGAAAUUUAAAAGGAUGAUUGCUCUAGACCAAAGAUAUCAAACAUCCACGGUGGUCCACACCAUUCCCAGUGUAGACUGGAACAAGUGAAAAUAUAAUUAGGAAAUAUUUAGCAAAACAAAUUUUAAAAUGCAAUAGAAUGUAGAUUAUGUUGACAUGUAUUUUUUAAAUCAAUAAGCAGCCUGAUCGCAACUAUUGUGACACAAUCUCCAUUUGAGUUUGACACUAGAUCCUGCCCAAAAUCUGAAACACUUAAAGCCAAAUUUACUUCUCUUUCUGCUCUAGUCCUUGACAACUGCAUGUUUCUCCUUAAGUUGGAGAUACACUAUUGCCUGAAAUCUUGGAGACUAUAUAUUUUUUGUAAUGUAACCAAAAUAUUUUGUUGUUGUUGUUUUGUUUAUUGUUGGUGGUGUUCUUUUUGUUGUUUUGUUUUAGAUGCAAAAGGAAAAUUAAGGAAGACUUUUCAAGCAACAUUAUAUUUCUCCUCUCAAAUACACAUGAGAUAGUGUAUUUCCUUCUCUUAUAUUUCCUAACCAUUUGCUUGUAUUACUUUGUGUAAAGUAAAGCAAUAGUAUCAUCUAAUAUAAUGUGACAUUUGUAUUUCUGAGAUUAUAUGUAGUCUGUGUAAUUUACUUGACCCAGUUUGUUAAGACAUACACUGUAGUUGUUACAUAUAAUGUGAUUUCCCUCUUGGUUAAAUUCACAGUUCUAAAAUGCUUCUGUAAUGUGCUUCAUUAUAAAUUAUUUAUUUCCUUUGUGAUGAAUAGUCUGUCACCUUAUACUCAUGUUUUGUUUUUUUUUUUUUUUUUUUUUGGCCACCAGAAAAAAAUAACAAUAAACAUGCUGAUUGCGCAAAA